GAGAGAGAUCGGGUGGUAUCAGUGUCAUACUACCGGUGGGGAAUCUUAUUUUUGGAAUAAUGGGAACUGAGGAGGAGACGACUACGCUAUUCCAAUCCGUCUCUCCUCUUCCGUCCCCUCUGAAUUCAAGAUCAUCAGCUUCAUCGUCCUUAUCUUCGACCGAGAUCGAUCUACAAAACCAUCAGCAUCAGGACAAAGAUGAUGAUGAUGAUGAUGAUGAUGAUGGUGAUCCCGGGCCAUGCUUUUUGGUCGUUGGGAAUUACUGCCAUGAUGUUCUGUUCCGAGACGGUGUGGUGGUCGGGGAGGGUCUCGGUGGGGCCGCCUCCUUCGUUUCCAAUGUAUUCAAUUCCCUCUUUGCUUCUUCUUCUCAUCUCUUCCACUCCUGUUACGUCUCCAAGGUCGGCACUGAUUUCGCUUACACCCAUACCCUCCCCGGACGCCACCCUCCGCUCGUCUCCCCCACCGCCGCCACAACCCUCUUCCACGGCCACUUCCCUUCUCUCGCUAGUGCCGACCUAGCUGAUCGCGUCCUCAAGCGCGUGCACUCUUGCGAUCCUAUCCUCCCUUCCGACCUCCCCUCCUCUAAAUUCCGCUUUGGCCUAGCCGUUGGGGUCGGAGGGGAGAUCCCUCCCCUCACCCUGGCUCGCUUGCUCGAUCUAUGCGCGUUAGUCUUUGUGGACGCCCAAUCACUAAUCCGCACCUUCGAUCCCUCAGACGGCACCGUCGGGCUCAUCCCGCUCAAGGACAGUGAGUUCUCCAGCCUGGUCUCGCGGAUUGGGUUCCUUAAGGUCUCUGCAGAAGAGGCUCCUUUCCUGGAUAUCGACGAGGCCCGUAAGUGGUGCUGCGUCAUCCUUACACAAGGCAAGGACGGGUGUAGCCUCUUCUGGAAGGAUGGUCAUUCACAGGUCUUGCCUUUCCCCACCGUCCAGAUCGAUCCUACUGGCGCAGGAGACAGCUUCUUGGGGGCAUUUGUCGCUGGCCUUGCCAUGGGCUUGGGGGUUCAAGAAUCUGCUCUUCUAGGCAAUUUCUUUGGCUCGCUCACCGUUGGUCAGAUUGGCAUUCCCAAGUUCGACCAACAGAUGAUGCAGAAAAUCAAGCAAGAGUUGGAGAGAAAUGCAACUUCAAAUGAUGGCCUGUGUGGCAGAAAUGACGCACCUAAAUUUCAGAAGUCACUUAUGCAUGAAGAGCUCCGAGCGUUCCUCUUGGAAGUUGCUAGGUUACAGAACACAGACGGUGCAACCUACUAAAAUGAUGGCUGGGAUGAGUGUUAGCAUAAAGCCAUGAGCUGAUUUUGCUUAUGAAGUAGCCUGCCCUGGUAGGAGAUCGGGCAAACAGCUCCGGAAUAACUUCCACUAAUUAUACAUUGAAAUCUCUCCUAGCAUUGUCAUUUUUUUUAGAGUACAUGUGGACUUUUUUGAAACCACACAUUGCGGAUGGAGAAAAGAAAGAUCCUUGUCAUAUGAUGCGUGUUACUCUUCUGAAAUCCCUUGUUAAUCCCGUUUCCAUA